AUGUUAGCCUCUCCUAAUAGUAAUUUUGGUAUUCUUGACAGUGUAUCAGUUCCACCAGCAACACCAAACGAGGCUUUACCAGGUACUAAUAGAAUUACGAAUCUGUUUCAGCAAUGGUUUAACGAACAGAAACUUCCGUGGACCAAAUCAGGCAUUGGUGGUGGCAGCGAUUUUGUACCGUUUUUGACCGGAGGCAUAGCUUCUGGCGGUGUUAAUACAGGCGCUGGUGGGUUCAAGUCAGAAACUGAACGAGAUCAAUAUGCAGCAAUGUUGGGAACUGGAAAUGGUGGACUAGCUAAUGUUCCCUAUGAUUCAUGUUAUCAUGAACAAUGUGAUCGAAUAAAUAAUGUAAAUCCAUUUGCAUUUGAAACAGUUGUUAAAGCAGCUGCUUAUGUUAUUGAAUACAUGGGAAGAUUGAAGGAUUUGGAAAAAUGGCUUUAUCCACAAGGUCGAGUGAAAAAUGUAAAACUAUUCAACAAAAACCAGUUAUGUGAUAUUCAUCAUGAUCCCGAUCUUUUUUGA